CUCAGCUAGCUUGACUCCGGUAAGUUCCUCCUCUCGGUACCGAAAGAAAACUGAGGUGAAACGUCUUUUUCUGUCAUUUUAUGUUGUUGAACCUCUGCUGGCUGAACUCACAGGACCAGAAAUGUCUCCGGAUUUCUGUGCUGAAUCAUCUCUGAAGAAGCGGAGUUCGCGUGAAAACACAGACUAAAACAUCAGCAGCAGUAGGGACGUUUCAUUUAGCUUGGCUAGUUUUUUAAUAAUAUUUCCCCCGCUCUUUUGCCAGCGUUAGUCGUGUUUUAUGCGAGUGAAUAUACUAAAACAAUGGCUUUCUUCGUGAAAAAGAAGAAAUUCAAGUUUCAGACCCAUCUGACGCUGGAGGAGCUGACCGCUGUGCCUUUUGUCAACGGAGUUUUGUUCUGCAAGCUGCGGCUGCUGGAUGGAGAUUUUGUCGCUACUUCUUCCAGAGAGGAGGUUCAAGAGAACUGUGUUCGCUGGAGGAAGAGGUUUACCUUUGUGUCUAAAAUGAGCGCCAACCCCCACACCGGAGUGCUGGAUCCUUCUGUCUGCAGGGUGUCAGUCAGGAAGGAACUCAAAGGAGGGAAAGCAUAUACGAAGCUGGGCUUCACAGACCUCAACAUGGCGGAGUUUGCAGGUUCUGGCUCCACUGUGCGCUGCUGUUUGCUGGAGGGAUACGACACCAAGAACACACGGCAGGACAACUCCAUACUGAAGGUGAUCAUCGGGAUGACCCUCCUGUCUGGAGAUCCGUGUUUUAAAACGUCUCCCAGCACAGCAAAGUCCAUCUCCAUCCCAGGACGAGAACACACCCUGCAGCUGGACUGUAAGGGGGAGGGAACAGCCGAGCCCGGGCCUGCUGGAGGGAUUUCUCUGGGCCGAGCCGCCAAGCCUCGACCCUCCAUCAUCAGCUCAGGUCUACUUGAAGAAUCCGAAUCGAACCAGUCUGGUCAUGCAGAAGUCUUCCAGUCUGGUCACUCUCGUAACUCCAGCUAUGCCAGCCAGCACAGCAAAAUCUCAGGCUACAGCACUGAGCACUCCUGCUCCUCCAGCCUGUCAGACCUCACACAUCGCAGGAACACCUCGACAGGAAGCAGCACCUCUGGGGGCUUGGGCUUUUCUGCUGACACACCUACAGAGGGUGACAAGGAUGCUGGACGACCAGAAAGACCCCCUCGACCCCCACGCCCUGUCUUACCCCCUAAUAGGCCCUCCAGGAGAAAGCUGGACUCAGUGGAGAGUCAACCCUCUUGGGUAAACGAUACUCGCAUGGAUGCUGAUGACAUUGUGGAGAAAAUUGUCCAAAGCCAAAACUUUGCGGAUGUCAACAACACUGAAGACAGCAACCUGCGUCUGUUCGUCAGCAGAGAUGGAACCACUGCACUUAGUGGCAUCAGGCUUGGAAACAGGGUGUCUGCAGGCGGGUAUGAGCCUGUGGUGAUAGAGAGCCAUUAAACCGUGACCAGCAGGGAGGCGACAAGUUAAACUGUGGAUCGUCUCGUCUCUUGUCUCGCUGGUUUUCCUGGAGCUUCAGCCGGUCUGAUGCCGUGAGGGGAAAACCUCGUCAGUUUGCACUUUAUGUGAUGUCUGUUUGUCCUCACUCCGUUCAGCUUUUUUUGCGAUCUUGAGGGCGACGCAGAGUGAAAGCACCAGUGCACAAAACAUUUCUCUCAGACUGCCAUGUGGUGUGUUUACCUGCUUCUGUGUUGCAGUAACUACUUUUUGGAUGUGAAUUUAGAAGUUCAGAGAUGUCAGGCGUCACACUUUAAUUUGAUCUGUUAAGUGAUAAAGACAAAGACACCAAGAUCAUCCACGUGUCCCCAAGUUAUUGUUACAACCGAUACUCUAUGCUAACUGUUCUGGUAGUGUCUAGCAUUAGCCAAAAUAAGCAUAUAGCUUUUAAAAUUACUUAAAUUGUCAUUGUCGUAUGUCUGAGCUAAUGCUAAUGUGCUGCUGUCACUUUAGAAUUUCUGCGUCCCAAUUCCAUACUGAAUACUAAUGCAUGCAGUAUGUAAUAUAUACUGUUUGACAUAGUACUGUUUUGUCAGUAAGUAUACAAAAAAAUCAACACUCUUGACAUUUUUAAACCGCUAUGCUUGAAUGCUGUUUACCUAGAUCUUUCUGUAGCUGCCUCACUACCACCUCCAAUUUAUUAGACUAUUUUGCAGCUAUGAGAAGUUCCUCCUUCACUUCCUUUCUUCCUUCGCGCAUACUUAAUUUUGUCACUUCAACAGUGUCAACUCACUACAGACCUGCUUAGAAUUAGUAUCUUACAUGGAAUUGGGACACAAUUAUUUUGUGCUAGCAAGUGUAGGCAUGGAGCAUGCUAUCAAUUUGUAUUGUUUAUGCAAAGAAACUAGCAUGCAGCACAGCAGGGUCUUGUUAGGGACAGUGUUUAUUAAUAGCUAUUAGAGUUUAUUGCUGUUACCACUCAAGAAAGACCACAGUAUAAUCCACAUGGUCCGUGUUCUCCACCAUAAGUGUAUAGAGCACAUUUAAGCCAAAGUUAACAAUUUCACUUUCAUCAGCACAGUUCAUUCUUUGUAUUUGUUUAUUCUUCAGAUUAUUAUUAUUAACCCAGAUAUGUUUCCUUCUUUCUUUCUUUGUCCUACUUUCUGUAAUCUACUUUAUCUUUCUAAGCAAUGUAUCAUAACAACUGAAUGAAAGAACCAGAAAAAGUGCCUAAGGAGAAACAAACAAAUGAAGAGUGAACUUUGCUGACUUGGAAACUGAUUAUUGUUCAAUCUGGGCCAAUUUCUUUUUUAUUUAGAUUUCAGGGACCAUCUGUGGAGAACAUCUUGUGUGUGAGUAAUGAAACUAUAUUGAAGCCAGUUACAGUCAUAUGAGAAACUGCUGUUAUCACUGUCAGUGACAGGAAGUUACUAAGGCUCAGCUGCACAGCAGGCUGGACUGAGGUUACUUCAUGAUGUUCCGGGGAUGUUUGGAUGAUAAUGGUUUUCAUGUUUAUGCUCACUUCCGGUAACAAGCCAGCCAAUUUACUAUAACCUUGAUUUAUUCUUCUAAUGUCAGAAAACAUUUUACCUACAACUCAUGAAGUGUGAUGUUUUCAUCUGUACCAACAGUUCUUCUGUUGUACUUAGUCAUUUUUCUAUGGUCGCAAAUUUCACAGCCACAGAUAUUAACAGCGGUUUCACUGGGAAUUUAGUAAUAAUUUCAACACAUAUGUAACAUGUUUUUUUUCUCUUCACAUUGUUUUGCACCUGUCAACAAGAAUCAUAUUGGCUUAGCUGUUUUAAGAUUUAAGUUGAUGUGAAAUGUUGAACAGAACAUGGUUUCAUUCUAAUUUUGAUUUAGCAGGGACACCUUUCUACCUUUAAAACUUUCACAGCAAAACAGGAUAAAAUAACUUUCUGUGCAGUUUACACAAAAAUUCCUACAUUGAAGUGUAUUCCACUGACUGAAUGUGAUCAAGAGUUUAGAAAACCACUGAGCAGCUUUGAAGAUGCAGAAACUCUGAUUCGCUAUAGUUUUUUCCUUUUGUUUGUUCCCUGUUGAUCAGGGAAAUGCAGUAGAACCACUUUGUGCCUGUAACGUUUCUCUUGAAUGACCCUAAUGCAUCACGAAAACUGUGAUAACAGAGUGAUGGUGAUGGUGAGGAGAGAAAUAUUGUUUCAUUGUUUUUUGCUUCUUUAUUCUGUUUUCUGUUUGUGUCAGUCAUGUUGUAACUUGCAGGUGUAGCCAUUUUGGAAAUCCCACUGUGUACUCGCUGCAUGUAUACUACUGCUGCUGCACUGUUGCUCUAUCUCCAUUAUCUCCAUUCAGCCUACACACUAGACUAGAUCUGUGGUACAAACUGUUCUGGUAUCACUUUGUCCAAUCGAAGAAGGAGUGAACUCCAUGAAGAGGGAUUUCUGCAGUGGCUAUGACUGUAAAAGUCUUUGUUGCCCCCUGGUGGAGCAACGGCCUGCCAUUAGGUUUUUGCAGGAGUCCCUGCCUUUUAGCGUUUACAAGGAUGUUUACCUCGAGUUUGUUUACAGCUGUCUUCAGAUGAGCAAACACCAAAGAGGCCGAACAAAGUUUCUGUAGCUCUGACAAGAAGAGGAAUUUUAACGUUGGAAACCAGCUGGCUGGUUGAUGCUUUUUUUAGAAGCAAGUUUUCUGUUUGGAGUUUGAACUCUGCAAACUUGCACCUGAAGAUUUUUAUCUGGUACAGAGUCUUCAAAUCUGAAAGAUGUCAGUCUGAGAAGUUAUAGUCCCCUUUCAAAUGUAGGUCAUUUUAAUUUCACAAAUAUCAUUGAUGAAGUUCAAGAUUGAAGUUUAUUAAAUAACAUCUAUGUUAAGAUAGUCUAGGAGGAAUUAAGUCUGGGCCUGCAAGUAAUAAUCAUUUUUCUCAUCAAUUUAAUCUGGUAGUAAUUCUCUUAAUGAAUCACUUAGUUGAUUAAUCGUUUAGACUAUAAAAUAUCAGAAAAUAAAUUCCAUAGUGACAACUUCAAAUGGCUUUUUUGCUUGAACAACAGCCCAAAAAUGAAACCUAUUAAAUUUAACACUAUAUAAAACAGAGAAAAACAGCAAAUCCUUGCACUUCACUAUCUGGAACUUGCAAAUGACUGACUUUGUGCUUGACAAAUAACUGAGCAAUCAGUUGGUCAUUAAUUUUCUGUCGAGCAACUAAUCCAUUUGAGCCAUGUUUAGCUGGACCAGAAAUAAAAUAAUCCUUUUGGCAGACUUUUACAAGAUAAAUCAGCUUUAAGACUCUGUUCUUUAUCAGUAAACAUUUUAGCUUUUUUUCCACUGAAGCUGAAGUUUUUCCGCCUUUGUCGUUUUCAUAUCUUCAUCACACUAUGCUGAUUGAAUCCAGCUCACUAUAAAGGUUGAAUCACUUGUCUUUACACUACCCUGUUUGUAUUUUGCAGCUGUAUGUUUAUUAAUCACAUGGUUACUUAUUCUCCCAUUUGGGGAUGAACCACUGAUCGUAUAGUCUGAAUUUGGGUUUACAUCACCGCAGCCUUUAGUAGUCCUUUAAAGCAUUUAUUUAUAUAUUUUUGUCCCUUUAGAAUUUUUUUUUGUCUGGGGGUUGGUUAUAAGCUAUGCACAAUUCACCUCCCUAAGCUUUUGGUUUCUCUAGUAAUUAUAACAAAUGAUUCUAUUUUAACAAAGCUAGUAUAACCUAAAUUUAUAGACCUAAAUUUACAGUUAAAGUUGUAACUGUUGUUCCAAUCACCACGUAGUUACUGCAAUCUUUUGUUUGUUUUUUGUGGUCUUUCUGCAGAAAUUACAAAUAAAAAAAAGCUAAUCUAA